ACAUAGUGCACUUAUGCAGGGGGCAGGGAGCCGUUUGGCCUACAGCCAUUGGUGCAAGUUGAAUCAAGCGGGCAAAAAAAGGAAAAAGGAGGCGUCCGGCUGUGGGAAGCACUCAAUUCCUCAGGCUGCCUUUUUGUCAUGCUAGCAUAGCCAUGCAAUCUCUACCGGUUCCGGUUUAGUCUAUUUUUUUUCUCCCCUUCUUUACCACUGUUUGGUCUCCAUUUCUGUUCUCCUGUUUAGUGACGCGACCGGAUUUCUAUAACGGAUUGUAUCAACAAUAACAAUAACAUCCAGGUUCGCGGCUGUUAUGUGAAGCAUGGAAACAUCAAGGCGGCAGACUGGGAUUUUCAUUUUGUAGCAAACAGUUGCACUUUUCUGUGUCUCCCGAGUCUGUGGAAGUCAAAAGACGUAUGAAAAUAAAAGAAGACAGGUUUGCGUGAAGGCUUGAUAAUGGGCUGUGUCAAAAGUAAAGAGGACAAAGGACCUUCGCUGAAGUACCGACCAGAUGCUUCUAACCCCACCACUGUUCCCUCCCACAUGGGCCACUAUGGGCCAGACCCCACCCAGCUGGGCCAAUCACCUGCCCUCAAGGGUCCCAACAGCAGCUACAACAGCCAUGCCUCCACCAUCACUCCUUUUGGUGGCUCCUCAGCCACGAUCACUCCCUUCGGUGGAGCUGCUUCUUCUUUUUCCACCGUUGCCGUGAACAACCCCUUCCCUGGUGGCGUCACAGGUGGUGUGACCUUUUUUGUGGCCUUAUACGACUACGAAGCCAGGACAGCUGAUGACCUCUCAUUCAAAAAAGGCGAUCGAUUUCAGAUCAUCAACAACACAGAGGGAGACUGGUGGGAGGCCCGUUCCAUCAACACAGGCAAGAAUGGCUACAUUCCCAGCAAUUAUGUGGCCCCUGCUGACUCCAUCCAGGCUGAAGAAUGGUACUUUGGGAAAAUGGGACGCAAAGAUGCUGAGCGAUUGUUACUGGUUCCCGGAAACCAGCGAGGGACGUUCUUGGUCAGGGAGAGCGAGACAACGAAAGGAGCCUACUCUCUCUCCAUACGUGACUGGGAUGAUCUGAAGGGUGACAAUGUGAAGCACUACAAAAUCCGCAAGCUUGAUAACGGUGGCUACUACAUCACCACAAGAGCUCAGUUUGAGACACUGCAGAAACUGGUCAAACACUACACAGAGCACGCAGAUGGACUCUGUUACAGGCUCACUACAGUCUGUCCGACUGUGAAGCCCCAGACACAGGGCCUGGCUAAAGACGCCUGGGAGAUCCCACGUGAAUCGCUUCGCCUGGAACUCAAACUGGGCCAAGGCUGCUUCGGGGAGGUCUGGAUGGGCACUUGGAACGGUACCACCAAGGUGGCGAUUAAGACGCUGAAACCUGGCACCAUGUCCCCCGAGGCAUUCCUUCAGGAGGCACAGAUUAUGAAGAAACUCAGGCAUGACAAGCUAGUGCCUCUGUAUGCUGUCGUGUCUGAGGAACCCAUUUACAUUGUGACCGAGUACAUGGGCAAAGGGAGUUUGCUGGAUUUCCUAAAGGAAGGUGAAGGCAAAUACCUCAAGCUUCCCCAGCUAGUGGACAUGGCAGCACAGAUUGCUGAUGGCAUGGCCUUCAUCGAGAGGAUGAAUUACAUCCACCGAGACCUGCGGGCAGCCAACAUCCUAGUGGGAGAAAACCUGGUUUGCAAGAUAGCUGAUUUUGGUCUGGCCAGGCUGAUUGAGGAUAAUGAAUACACUGCUAGACAAGGAGCCAAGUUUCCCAUCAAAUGGACAGCACCUGAGGCUGCUCUCUAUGGCCGCUUCACAAUCAAAUCUGAUGUCUGGUCAUUUGGUAUCGUGCUGACGGAGCUCGUCACCAAGGGCAGAGUGCCGUACCCAGGCAUGGUGAACCGAGAGGUUCUGGAGCAGGUAGAGCGGGGGUAUAGGAUGCCAUGUCCUCAAGGCUGUCCUGAGUCGCUGCAUGAGAUGAUGCAUCAGUGCUGGAAGAAAGACCCUGACGAGCGACCCACUUUCGAGUACAUCCAGUCCUUCUUGGAGGACUACUUCACCGCCACCGAGCCACAGUACCAGCCUGGAGACAACCUGUAGAGCCGUCUGCCUGGUCCCAAACCAGCUCGCUGCUUCCUUCCCUAAACCAUCCGUGCACACUUCCUAUUCCUCUUUUUAUUUUGUUCUUUCUGCAGCGGUGUAGGAAGCACCAUGUAACACCUUUUUGCAUUUCGUUAACCCUCGGUUGAGUUCAGGAUAAGUGUGAAGUGAAGUUCAGUCAGGAAUCGAGCAUGUGGGUUCGGAGGAGAGAGUGUAACGACCGUAGUGCUGAUUGCGUAAAUGUCUUUUCUUUUCUUUUUUUUUCCCUUUUGUUUUUAUUUUCCACCAAACACUUUUCUGACUGUUUUAAGAUCAAGAACUGAUUUCUUUUUUGUUAUUGUCAUUGAUUUUUUACUUUACAUUUCACCUCCUCUUUUUUUUUUUCCCAUUAAUUUCAAUAGUUUUGUUUUUAAAAAGUGACCAAUAACUGUGGUUGAAAACGACGGUAUCGCCUAAGACUGUCGGUGACGCUGUGAGAGAGAAAGAGAGAGAGAAUAUUUGCCAAUAUGAAUGUAUGAGUAGAGUGUAAGUGGUGUGAGCAUGAGAAAGAUGAAAAAAAGGAUUUGACUUUAAGUUAAAAUAGUGCUGGGAAAAUAAAUGGGUAAGAUUUUUAUGAAUGGAAAAAACAUGAUUUUUUUUUCUUUUUCUUUUUAGUAAUCUGUUAUAACAUGAUCCAUCAUUGAUGAUUUAUAUUUGUGAACUUCUCUUAGUGCCAGCCAAAAGAAAUAUUUUAAGAGUGCACUAACCAUACACUAAGACAACGAGCCCCUUGUCAUUUCAGCCAAGUGCCAGUUCUGGGAAAAUAUGUGCACGUGAAAUUUGUACUAAAUCUUUUUUUUUUUAUUGUUUAAUAGAGUAUGUAAAUUGUACUUCUGCAUUCGACAGCCAUUAUAUUUUCAGUAGCUUGACUUACAUGUAUUCCUUCCAUGGAUUAUCCGAUUCAAAUCAUUUUGAUCUUACUACUAAAACACUACAGUUGAGCCCAAUACUAAACACAAUCUGUUGCCGUAAAAAAAAAUAUUUAGUCACUUCUGCUGCCGUAGCUUUAUGCUGUGUGAGAAAUUUUGGGUCAGUGCAAAAUCAUUACAACGAUCACUUUUAUCCUAGGAUUAAACAUGUCUAUCCUGAUGGGUGCAGUCUCUCAGGAUCCACAGGGCAUCGAGGCUUACUGAAUAAUUUAAUGAGGAUGAAAAAUGAUGCUACAACCUUCACGCUCGCCAAUUCUCAUCUCACUCCAAAACCUACGAGAGCUUUUUGGAGGGAUGUUUCAGACAGCGCGUCUACCUAAAGUCCAGUCUUUUGGAAAAGCGAUGUUCGAUCUCUACAGUACCGUUUCAGAGGGUUGCAGAAUCAAUUUGCCAAGAUCUGUCCAAAAGCUGUUCUGGUGGCUUGCAGUGGCCCAGAAUCUGGUUUUUAUUACUUUUCAUUAUAAUAGUACACUUCCAAUAUGCCAUUUUAAAUCAGAUCAGCUCUUCAGCUUGACAAUUAUGUGUUGAAAGAGGAUCUACUAAUGCAUUGAUGAUUUUAGUGCUGGAAUCAACAAUAGAGUCUGCGCUAUUUGUUCAUACCGUGUUAUGACAAAAGCUGAUUUCAUGGAGAAAUAAAAUCCCUACAUUUCAUAUUGGAACAGAACCGUUUUUGCGUUUGUAUCACUGAGAUACAUUUAUGAGGAGAUGAAAAUCCCACAGCUCUGUCUGCUUUGUCAUGCUUUUCCGUGGCUGCUCCAUCACUUCCUGCAACUCUGUCGUCCCCCACAGGUUGACAGUAAGAAUUACGAUGAGCGAUGUUACGGCCGCUUUUACACCUCCACUGGGUGACAUGAGGGUUGUGAAACACAUUGUGCUGAACGAGAUAGGGGAAAGAAUAUUGCCUUCCAUUUUGCGAACAGAAGAAAGAUUUUAAGGUGGUGUUUGAACACAUGCUGGUGUUUAAAUUUCACCUUUAUUGACAUUUAGUUGGUGUUUAAAGCUGGUCAAUUAUCAACAGUCCAUUACCUCAGUAACUUUUUUUUUUUUUAAAAAAACAGAGGUGCUUUACAGAGUUUUGUGUCUCCUGGUGGUUCUUAACGCAAGUUUAAAUGCACUUCAUGUGAACCAGACACUAGCAUUGUGUGAAAGUAAAGCUGAAAAGCCUUCUGAGAGUAGAGAGGACUUACCUUUGUUCUCCUGUGUCAUUAUCCCUUUGUUUUGGUCUCAGGGGGUUUUGUCCGAAGAACAAACCCCUCCUCCCUUCCCUUUCCCAGAGAUCUGUGUGGUUUUCAAAGGGCUAUGGACCAGUUUGAUGAAUCUCUUUUGCUCUUUCAUGGAGACUUGAAGAACAGAACUGAAACGCUUUGGCUGCAGGGUUGAAGCCGAGUUAUGGAGGUGGUGUGUACCGUCAUGUUGGCAACAAAUUACUAACCUGAAUAAUUUGUACAGUGAAAAAAUAAAGUUGUACGUAAUGCUUUUGA